CCGCAAAAUAAGCUGUAGGCAAAUUAAAACUAACUUAGGCUCGACGGACUAUAAGUUAAUGUGGAUUGUACGUUGUUGACGUUGAGUUGGUGUAAAAUUGCCCCGUUCUCACCAUGGCAGGAAAAGCAUCAAAAGACGGCGUAAAUUUCCAACAACACCUUUACUAUUAUCUGAUGGGACUGUGCCACAACCGACGAAUUGAUUUUUCAAUACUUUACGAAGGCAACGAUAAACUUUACGGGGCCUUCGACGAUGUGAUACUCAAAACGCACGAUCAGAAACCGGCCUUAUAUUUCGUACAAGCAAAACAAGCCCAAAGUGAGUCAAAGCAAAUCUCUAUUGAGGAUUUGUUCGAUAUGAAGAAGGGCAUUGCGAAAUACAUCGGAUCGUAUAAGACGUACUUGGAUUCAGGUAAAUUCACAGGUGAUGGCAUUCCGGAUGAGAUAAUCUACUGGACGUCUAUGGAAUGCUACAAGACCACCAUACAAACGUUAAUGCAACCAUGUGACAGUAUUCUUCCACAUAUAGGAUCGUUGAAUGAUUCUAUCGUAAAAUAUCGUUUCAAAGAUUGGAAAAUGUUAUUGCUAUUGGAUAUUGCGUGGAAGUGGGCAAAAAUCUGCAACGCAAAACCAGAACUCAAAUUGCUCAAGGCGGAAUAUAUCUGUGAAUCCGUUGCAUAUGCACUUUCUGAGGAACUAUUACAAAAAGUGGAAAACACUGAUAAACUAAAAUUUCGCGAUGAGUUCCUUCAUGGGAAACCCGAAUUUCUUUCGUCAGUUUCAUCUAAAGCACGUUCAUUUCGAGAACACUUUAAGACCGCUUGCCAGCUACACCAGAGGAAGGAACAAUUUGAUAUAAAAUGCUUCAUGGCAAAACAAUUUGAUGCCAGUGCGUUUGGAUUGGUGCCCAGUGAAGGUGAAGGUAAAGUGAACGCAGAUUCUGUCCAAUUUGAGUACAAAGGAUUGAAGCAAGAAAAUUUGGAAAUGUUUUUCAACUUGUUUAGAUACUAUACAAAUGUUCCGAAAGGCGAAGAUAUGUUAAAAAUAUUGAACGAAUUAUAUGAUAGAUUUUUCGAGGAAAACCUGUUUGAGAAGCACUUGGUGUCUAGACAGGAAACGAACAACAAACAAGAGAGUGAACAUUACAUUAAACAGCGUGACUUGAAUUCAGUCAUUAAGAUAAUAAAGCUGAAACGCAAACUUGUAGCACCAAGCGUAACAAAUGUUGAGUUCAGCGAUGAAAGUUUAGCAGAAUUGCGUGAAAAAUUGCAAGACCACGUUAAGAGACAAUUAAAUUUAGAGAUCGUAGCCCCGAACGUUGUGGAUUGGACGGCUAAUCGUGUUGAAAAAGAACUGUUAAAAAUAACAACAUGUAUUGUUGUGAGAAAGAAAGACUUGAUAAUGUUGUCAGAUGAGCUGAAUUGUCUACCAAAAAAAUUAAUCGAUUGUGAGCUGCACACCAUUGUAGUGCUGGAUGUCGAGCAAUCUGACAAGCCACGAGUACUAGAUUUGCUACAAAGAAAAGGGAAUCAACUAAUACUUAUUUUUAUUUUUGCUACUUCCACUUUUACCGAUCGUUCUUCUGUUAUGUUUGAAGAUAAAUUGGACAUUAAAAACGUGAAAUUCAACUUUAAGCAAUUUGGAGAUAAAAAUUUGGUACUAGACGACAUAUUUAUACCAGUCACAGAUUUUCUUCAACAGACCGCACUAGAUUCAAUCGAAAAGCUUGCACAAUUAUAUCAACUUAAAAAAAUUGAUGUAAAAUCUGAUUUCUAUCAGCCAGACGAACCAAUUUAUGUACAGCGAACGCUAAUGGAUGAGGAUAAAAACGCGGUAACAUAUGAGACUAUUCGUUGUGAUAAAACCACCUCAGUAUUCAUUGUUAGUGAUACAGCCGGUCAGGGAAAGACCAUAGAAAUUUUGCGUUUUGGAAAAUACCUCAGUGAAAAUAACGCUACAUGCCUCUUUUUUCGAGCUAAAAAGUUAGCCACUGAAUUUUCACACGAGAACCUGAAAUGCUUCACGGGUUAUAGAGAUCUUUUGAAACUUCUACAAAUAUCGCCAAUGAGUCAAUUUACGGAAGACAUGGUAGUACAAUGUUUAGAAAACCGUAACCAAAUCCACCUUCUGGUGGACGGAUUUGAUGAAAUAAUAGAAGCGAGUCAAGAUGUAGUCAUUAAGUUGCUCGAAAAAGUUGUUCAAUUUAAGUUAUGUACAGUACUGAUCGCAACGCGAACCGAAGCGAAGUUGAAAUUGAAAAAGUCCUUCAAUGAUGCCAAAGUCUAUCAACUGGGCGAAUUUUCGUACGAAACAUACUUCAAAAAACUUUGGUUAAGUGAUAGCAGUCGAUCGUCACCGGUUUUGGAAGAGAAUGUAGAAUUUUUCUUGUCCAAUUUCGAUUCUGUCUUCAAGCGCACCGGUUGCAAACUGUUUCUCGAAGUGCCGCAGCUGUGCAAAAUAAUGGGAAGUAUCUAUGAAGAUCGAAUCAAGCGGCCGAAUUUUCAAUUACACAAUAAUUAUGAAAUUGGAUCUAUAUACGACACAUUUAUACGCAGUCAGUUUGAUCAUGCUGUAAACCGGUAUUUCGACAGUAAUUUAGAGAUUCACGUAUAUGCGAUGAAAUUAAUGAGAGUCGAUUUCUACAAAAUGCACACAAAUAUGGCGUACGAAACGGAAUAUAAUUCUGAAGUAGACAUACAUCAAUAUAAACAUUUUGCGCGGUUUGGUUUGAUAAGCUUUCGAUCGUCAAAUUACGCAGAAUUUAUUCAUCGAAGUGUGUUAGAAUAUUUUAUGGUUCGUUCCUUUCUAUUCGCUCCGCAAAAUGUUAAAGAGAAAGAUUUCAUGCUGUUUCUAAAGCGACAUUUUUGUGUAUCUCGUGCGAAUAUAGCAGAUAAACUUAUCGACUUCUUUUUGGGUGGUAAAGAGCAAAUUUCUAAGUCCGCGUUAGAUAAUAUUCAAUGUUAUUUAGCAACGAACGCUAAUCGUUUAUCGAUAUACGUUAGGAUAACGCUAAAUAAUGCGACAUUCAACACACUAAAACUACUGCUUCGUGCUGCACCGACCAAAACUGUUCGUAACCUUAAGUUUCGUUUUGGUGGAUCACAAACACAACAAACAAUUCCAAACGAUUCUACCGAUAUCAACCUGAAACGUCUCGGAGAAAGGCAAAUGAUUCUAUUGCUCAACACUCUGCGGGACAGUAGUGCUGAAGGAUAUCUUAUGAACAAUGUUAUUUUUGAAGCCGACCCAAACGAAGAGGACAUGAUCGAAGUUGCCAUCAGAAAACCGUUUCCAGAGGUCUUCAAUUGGGUUGUAUCGUUCAUCAAGGAACACAACUCUCUUGAACGGACACAGUACAUUCAAAACCGCAUUCCGCGAUACGCUCGAACGAUCAUAACGCACUGCUAUGCGGAUAAUAAAGAACGCAUGAUAGACAACAUAAUACGGUUCUGCAAAGCAAACCUGGAACGCAACGUUGUUCAAGGAUAUUUACGGAGCUUGGAUUUACUCGGGGAAGUCAUAUCUCACAUCGAAGUUGUUCCAAAUGGCAAAACAUUUGUAGAGGAUCAUCGGUUAGAUUUAGUACGAAAAAUAUUAUCCGUUCUAGAAUACUACUUCGAUGGAGAUGAUUUGCCUUCACUUAAAAUCCGCCAAAGAGAAAAUGUCGAAGGAUUGCGCAAUGAAGCGAUCAAAUCACUACUAAGACAAUGGGUCAAUGGCGAUAAGUAAAGCACUACUAGUGCCAUCAGAUCGAAAAAACAUCAGUUCCGUUUCCGAAUGUUAAGUUGUCUAAAAGUAAACACGAUGUUAAUAUUAAUUUUCAAAAAAGAAUAAACGAGUUUAA